AUGGCGGUUCUGGUGUUAGCAGAUAGGAAGAAGUUAUGGGCUAGUAGCGGAAAAGUCGGAAGUUAUGGGCUAGUAGCGGAAAAGUCGGAAAAUAAAUUUCGCUUCAAGUCCGGGUUUAGGCGGGAGAAAACUGAUUUGCCACGUCAUCGAUCCAAACACAGAUCGUUCAUUGCUGUCGAUCCAUUGGUUGGGAUGUGUUUCCUUGUGUUUCGUUGUGGCUGUGCAGUGGAAAUAGCAGGACACGUGGAUGCUUUCCGUUCAAUAACUGUAAGAGAUACAAUCGAUGAUCUCCCGGCCGUAGGGAAUGGAGCAUCCAAGGUGAACUUAGAGUAUGAAAGCGAUCCCAGCUCAUGGUUCCAGAAGAAAAUCCGAGGGGAGAUGGCUGUUUUGACUGAUCACAUUUCGAAAGAAAUGAAUGAGCUGAAUCUGAUUCGAUGCCAGAGAAUUCCAAAGCGGCCAGGUGCUGAUUGGCAAUGCCUUCCAGAUGAAAAGGUGAAGCUCUCUACUGGACAGAUAGUUGACUUGAUACCAUGGUGCCUGCCCAACACAGCCAAGCGCCACAAUCAGUGGAAGGGCCUGUUUGGAAGGUUGGAUUGGGAAGGCAACUUCCCAACUUCCAUUACAGAUCCUCAGCCAAUGGGGAAGGUGGGAAUGUGCUUUCACCCUGACCAGGACAGGAUUCUAACUGUUCGGGAAUGCGCCCGAUCUCAAGGUUUUGCGGAUAGCUACCAGUUUUCGGGCACAAUUCUUCACAAGCAUAGGCAGAUUGGAAAUGCUGUUCCUCCUACUUUGGCCUAUGCAUUGGGGACUAAACUCAAGGAAGCAAUUGACAGCAAGAGGUUGUCUUCACAAGAGUAA